AUGAACCCUAUAUCCACGUCUAUAUCGAAAAUAGUUGUCAUCGGUGCAACUGGCCGUCUUGGCUCACCUGUCGCUGCCGAACUUGCCAAGAAUUUCAAAGUCCGUGCGAUGGUGCGGUCGCUAGAAAAAGCCAGAAAAAUGCUUCCCUCCAAUAUCGAAAUUGUCCAGGGAGAUCUCCAAGACAUCCCAAGUCUUCGGGCUGCCCUCACUGGUAUGGAUGCCGUGUAUCUCAAUUUAGCAACCGAAACAGCAGAUUUGACACUUCCCUUCUACGAGGAACGGGAAGGUGUGAAAAACUUGAUAGCUGCUGCACUGGAUCUAAACAUCCAGUAUAUCGCCAAGAUCGGGGCUCUUGGUGCGUAUCCUCCUGCGGUCAAGAAAAUCAAGCAAAACAUGGUACCAAAUAUCAUUCGCAUGGAGGGUCAUAAGAUCAUCAAAGAAUCUGGUAUCCCGCAUACCUUUUUCGCACCAACCCAUUUCAUGGAAUUGCUACCAAACAUGAUUGACAAGGGCAGGCUCCAAUGGAUCGGGAAUACAGACGUGAAAGUUUAUUGGGUCAGUGUCGCGGAUUAUGCGCAACUCGUGGUCAAGGCUUUUCAGAAUCCAUCCAAAAUGCCAGAGCACUGUGCCGUUCAGGGACCCGAAGCCAUUUCCGUUCAAGAAGCAAUGGACCAAUUUAUCAAAAACUACGAUCCCACAUUGACCACUCGUAUCGCGCCUUUAUGGGUGAUCAAGAUGAUUGGCGUUUUUAGCCCAAAAAUGAAAUUCAUUGCCCACCUUUUUGAGUAUUUCGGAAACCACGAAGACCCCUUCUACGCCGAGCAAACCUGGAGGGAACUAGGCAAACCAACAAUCACUCUUCAGAAUUUUGCCAAGAUCCUUCGUCAGAGCCAGGCGUGA